AUGGCAGAGCAGCCUCCAAGGCCGUGGCCCCAGCCCACGCCCCUAAGGCUGGAGCCCUAUAACCCUCCCCCCAAAAAUACUUGGGGCGAAUUACGGGCAUCUUGGCAGGAACGGGGUCAUGAGGGCACUCUGGAGGUGCAGCCUGUGUGUUUAGUGUGUAGAGAUUCGCAAACACACGACAACCACAAAUUCAGACCAAUCAGUGAAUCUGUUUCAUCAUAUAAGGAGAAGCUAAAUACAGCACUAAAAUCCUUACAAGCGAAACUUAAACACAAAGAGAACAUUAAAGGGGAAUUUGAGAAAACAGUUCAACACAUCAAGUCUCAAGAUGAGCACACAGAGCGUCAGAUUAAACAGCAGUUUGAGAAGUUUCAUCAGUUUCUCAGAGAUGAAGAAGAAGCUGCAAUCACUGCACUGAGGGAGGAAGAGGAGCAGAAGAAGCAGAUGAUGAAGGAAAAGCUGGAGGAGAUCAACAGACACAUCUCAGCUCUUUCACACACAAUCAAAGACACGGAGGAGAUGAUGCAAGACAAUGACGUCUGCUUUCUAAAGGUCUAUCCUGAAUGUUCUUCCAGAGUCCAGAUCUCAUCACAGCCGGAUCCACAGACCCCUUCUGGAGCUUUGAUUCAUGUGCCACGUUACUUGGGCAACCUGCCCUUCAGAGUCUGGAAGAAGAUGCAGGACAUGGUCCAAUACACUCCUGUGAUUCUGGAUCCAAACACUGCUCAUCCAUCUCUCGUCCUGUCUGAUGAUCUGACCUGCGUGAAAGACCUCUGGAACAAACAGCCGCUUCCUGAUAAUCCGGAGAGAUUUGACAGCUAUUCCUGUGUUCUGGGUUCAGAGGGUUUUAAUUCAGGAACACACAGCUGGGAUGUGGAGGUUAAAGGGAAUUCACACUGGAUUCUUGGAGUAACUACAGCAUCGAACCAAAGGAAGGGACGUGAGUUCUUUGACACUGAUGUGUGGAGUGUGCAGUAUGGACUGUAUGAAAGGUCUGGUUUUCCUGUUAGACAGGAUCUUGAGCGUGUGAGAGUGUAUCUGGUCUAUGACAGAGGAAUGGUGUUAUUCUUUGAUCCUGUAACUAACACACAUCUACACACAUUCACAACCACCUUCACUGACACCGUCUUUCCUUUCUUCGAAACCGCUUCCUCUCUGAGAAUCUUGUCAUUCAAAAUUAAGUAAAUGCUGCACUACAGUCAUUCAGUGCUACAGACACACUGACAGAGACAUAAUGCUGAACUUCCGGUGGAAGCGAAUACUGGUGCAAACUUCUAAUUAUUAUCUAAUAAUUGUUUGAUUGUUUUAUAAUUGCUAUAAACCAUGGUUGUUUUAAUUUAAAGGAGCAACUGAAAGGAUCAAAGCAUCAAAGGACUCUUUUAACCAAAAAAAUAUUAACAACUUGGUGGCUUUUAAUUGUGUGAGUGAUCAAUCUGGCGCCCUUGGCUCACUUCCUCCAGGAGCUUACCCUGGAGUUUGUUAUAAUAAUGUGGAUCAACAGGCUUCUUACAUGGAUUAUACCUCUUCUCAUCAUCCAUCCAGUGACAUUGAUAUUUCAAUAUACAACAGCGGAAAUUUUCUCACUAUGACCCACCUCUGAGCCUCUAAUUUCACCACUAUAUCCAUGAUCAUUUUGGUUAUCCAGUGUCCUUCAAAGAAAUCAAGGCGGACUGUCGACCACAGUGUGCUAGCUAGCCUAGCCAGGCCAGCUAACAUCAAAUCUGGUAUGAACAAUUUGGCUUAUUUAACAUUCAUCCGUUAAUAAACAAAGGACCUCUCAUUUAUGAUCUGCUGAACGAUAAUACAUUGGACUUUCUCUGUGUAAAACUGACAUGGCAGCAGCACAAUCAAACUGUUCCUCUAAGGAUUGUUUAUACCGGCCAACCUUGAGUGUCUGGUGGAUAGAUAGAUAGAUAGAUAGAUAGAUGGAUAGAUGGAUAGAUA